UAUCUGUUAAUUAUAAUGAACUCACCUUCUAGCAAUUAGUUGCUUCAAAAACUUCAAAAUUUGCAUUUAACUCAAAAGAAAAUCAUCCAACACUCGCAUUCACCAAAACAUUCAGAAAUCAACUAAUUCCUCCAUACUCCAUCACCAAUCCCCUAUCUUCCAAUCAAACAAUAUGAUGUCGGAUAGCUGACUGACCGCAUUGUCAAAGAAAUGGAUAAGCACACCUCAUUCUCCAAAAUUGAGAACCCCCUUGAAAUUCAACAUUAUUAAUAUGCCAAUCCGCCAAUAUAAAUAUCAUCCUUAACCCACAUUGAUAAAAAGCUCAAGCAGCUUAAAUAUGCCAAGGACCAUGAUCACAAUAUUUUUGCAGCAAUUUUAACAAAAAUGAAACUCUUUUGUCUAGAUAAUUCAACAAUUUGCUUUGAUUUUUAUAGAUGCACCGAUCUUAUUCUACUCAAAUAUAUGAUCUAUCUAUUGAUCUUAGAAUUGAACCAAGAAACCCCCAAUAAUUAACAAGAACCAGGUCCAGAGCAGAGGCAACAAUUCCAAAGUAUGGUCAAGGACAUUGUCAUAAUGGUUUAUGAAAUCAUAGAAAAAAUCAAAUCUAAAUAGCACAUUACUUCUUAAAUGGACAUCCUUAAUAAUUAAUUGAUCAAAAUUUAAAAUUCCUUUAAGCCUCAACCCAAUAGUUCUGUUCAAACGAUCAAGAAACCAUCACAUCAUAGAGAGUUCGGUAGCUGUAAUUUAGAGAAUAGCAAAGCUUCUUACCAUUAAAAUAAACUUGCUACUGAAAUUAGCACUAAUUCUAAUCAUCAUUUAAAUAAUGGAUAAUAAAAGAUAAUCAAAUACCAGAUUGAUGAAUUGGAAUAGAAAUCUAAGAUUAUUACCUCCUUAAAUGACUAAAUUUUGAAAUUAUAAAAUAAUAAUAAAUAAUAAAUUCUUUCAAUUUCGGAGUUAAAUGUUAAAAUUGAAUCUAUCAUUUCUUAAUUGCAAUCUAAAACUGAUGAAGUAUGCUAUAAUUAAUAUUUAUUUUAUAGUUAGAGCAAUUAAAAAAGCAAUAUGAUCUUUUAAAGUCAAGUAACCAGAUUUGUAAAGAGGAAAAAGAUCAAUAUUUUAAUCUUUACCAUGAUUUUGAAGUGGAAAAUAUAACACUUAAAUAAAAUCUUGAGAAAUAUCAAGUAGUUAUUUUAUAUCAACUAGGUGGUUCAUGAUUAAAUAAAGUCACAGUUUGAUUAAUAUUAAAAUGAAACUUACUCUUCUUAUUAAUAAUAAUGUAAUCAACUACAAUAAAUUAAAGAUAAUGAGAUAAAAUAAUUAAAAAUAGAAUUAAAUGAAAAAUCUUCUAUCAUUGUAAAAAUAUUUAUAAAUCUAUUUAGAACUAAUUAUUAGAGGAUGCCUUAUUUUUUGGUAAGUAAUACAAAUAAAUUGUUGAGAGAAUAGUUACUAUAUCAUAAGAGGACUUUGGGAAAGAGAUGUAACAAAUGCAGAAGGAGAUUAUGCUUUUAGAAAACUCUGUGAAUGCUAAGUUCAAUGCGAUAUCGAGUUAUUCAGAGAAUAUGAUAUAUGAUUCAGGCCAGGAUUUUUUAUAAUAGAGUCAAUUAUCUAAUAAGUUGGUAAGUAAGGCUUAAUCUCCCAAGAGUGGAAAUCAAUAGUAAAGCAGGGCUUGUGAGUUCCUUAAUGGUUAAAAAAAUUAGUUUGAACUGAUGCACAUGCUUUUGGCUUAAUGUCUAGUACUUGAGGAAUUUUUAUUAUGA